AUGAGCGACGAUCAGAAUAUCGAUGGUACAAAUCCACCGAAUCAGGAAUCUAGUAUGUCUUCCUUGGGUGACACGAGAACACCAGUUACUUUGGAAUUAUCCUGUCUUGGACGUGGUAAACCAUCAACCCUCACAGCCGAAGAACCUCAAAUGAAGCAGAAUUCAAAUCUAACAAAUUUUAAUAAUGAUGGAAAUAACGAUCAACCAGUUGGAAAUAGGCUUCGAAAUACACAUGACAUGGAAGAAAACAAUAGUCGUGCAGGUUAUGGAUCACAAAGAGGACGUGAUGGGAAUCGGGGCGGCGGAAAUGGUUCAGAUUCAAGUACAUAA